UUUCCCUCUGAAAUACCUGCUGUAGGCCACGGCCCAGAAGGAAGACAUGCAAGAGAGGAUCACUACCCUUGAGAAGCGCUGCCUCAGGGCACAGCAGGAAGCCACCUCUCUGCACGACCUCAAGGAUAAACUUGAAAACGAGAUCGCAAAGAAGGACUCUCUGCAUCGACAGACUGCGGCUCAAAACCGCCAGUUGCAAGAGCGCCUGGAGGUGGCGGAGCGGAAGCUGCAGCAGACCCCGAGGAAGGCCAAGUCGCUGCCCGAGGUGGAAGCCGAGCCGGCCCAGAGGGUGGCCACCCUCUGCAAGGCCGAGCAGAGGCGUGGCAACAUCGAGGAAAGGCUGCGCCAGAUGGAGGCCCAGCUGGAGGAAAAGAACCAAGAACUGCAGGGGGUACGUGUCCGAGCGGAGCAGCCGCUUUUCUGUUGCCUGCUCCCAAGGAAAGAGGUAAGGCAGAGAGAAAAACUGAAGGACGAGACUAAUCAACGUCUCUCAGACACUAUCGACCAACUCCUUGACGACUCGGACCAGCGUCUGAAGCGUCAGCUGAAAGAAAGAAUGGCUGCCGUGGAAGAUAAGGUAGGACAUGAGAGACAGCGGCUGAGUGCCCCCGUCCUCACAGAGGAGACGCUCACGUUGUGA